AUGUCUGGAAGAGGCAAAGGUGGUAAAGGACUCUGUAAAGGAGGCGCUAAGCGUCAUCGCAAGGUUUUGCGUGAUAACAUCCAGGGUAUCACCAAACCCGCCAUCCGUCGUCUCGCUCAUCGUGGUGGUGUCAAGCGUAUUUCCGGUCUGAUCUAUGAGGAGACUCGCGGUGUGUUGAAGGUGUUUUUGGAGAACGUUAUUCGUGACGCCGUCACCUACACUGAACACGCCAAGAGAAAGACCGUUACCGCCAUGGAUGUCGUUUAUGCUCUGAAGCGACAGGGUCGCACUCUGUACGGUUUCGGAGGUUAAAUGCUUGAAGUUCAAAUGGCUCUUUUAAGAGCCACCCACAUUAUCACCCAAAGUUGAUACAUGAUCGGUAUUUUUGUUCUAUACUGGUUUCAAUUGUCUUUA